AUGGACUAUCCCUUCAACCCCUCCACGGUGCCGCCUGCGCCCAACCUCUCCGUACCCAUUUUGCUGAGCUGGGGUCUCAACUUAACUUCGGGACAGGGAGUCCUGACCCCGGGACCGCAGCUACUACCGGCCGGGCACCGGGUCCAUCUGGUGUUCCUGGGGAUCAUCCUGGUGGCGGCAGUGGCCGGCAACAUCACGGUGCUGUGCCGCCUAUGUGGCGGCCGCGGGUCCUGGGCAGGGCCGAAGCGGCGCAAGAUGGAUUUCCUGCUGGUGCAUCUGGCUGUGGCCGAUCUGUACGCGUGCGGUGGCACGGCGCUCUCGCAACUAGCCUGGGAACUGUUGGGCGAGCCGAGCCCGGCUGCAGGCAACCUGGCCUGCCGCCUGGCGCAGCUGCUGCGGGCUUCCGGCCGGGGGGCCUCCGCCCACUUCGUGGCGCUCAUUGCCCUCGAGCGCCAGCGCGCCGUGCGCCGGCCGCUGGGGCCGCCGAUGUCCACGCGCGCCCUCGCCGCCUUGGGCUGGCUGCUGGCGCUGCUGCUGGCGCUGCCUCCGACCUUCGUGGUGCGCGGCGACUCGCCCGCCGCGUCCCCCGCCGCCCGCGCCUGGCCGGGGGAACGUCGCUGCCGUGGCAUCUUCGCGCCUCUGCCGCGUUGGCACCUGCAGGUCUACGCGCUGUACGAAGUGCUCGUAGGCUUCGCGGCGCCCGUCGCGGUCAUGGGCGUCGCUGGCAGCCACCUGUUGCGUGCCUGGUGGCAGCGCCGGCCCCUGGCACCUCCGGCUGCAGCUCCCGGCUCAGCCAGUCCGGCCCCAGCCUCCGCGCCCAGCGCGCUGCCCCGCGCCAAGGUGCAGAGCCUGAAAAUGAGCCUGGUGCUGGCUCUGCUGUUCGUGGGCUGCGAGCUGCCCUACUUCGCCACCCGCUUGGUGGCCGCGUGGUCGUACGGCCCCACUCGAGACUGGGAGGGAGAGGGCCUGGAGGUGGCUGUGCGCGUAGUCGGGGUGUGCAACAGCGCCCUCAAUCCUUUCGUCUACCUCUACUUCCAGGCGGGCGACGGCCGGCUCUGCAGGCGGCUGCGAAGGCAUCUGGCCUCUGUGUGUGGCGCGCGGGAGGGAGUCCCCGAGGACAGCGGCGGGAUCGGAGACCACCAGGCACUCCACCGCCACCGCUGGCCCCAUCCCCAUUAUCACCACGCUCGGCGGGAUCAGGGAAACCAGGGCUGCUUGCGCCCACCCCCGCCGCCUCCCAGACCGCUGCCCUGCUCUUGCGAAAGCGCUUUCUAG